AUGGACGAGGACACGCCCAAGCCGCCGCUGUUGCUUCCGGUUCGCCACCACUCGCUCGGUCGCUCCGCGUGCCGCACCUGCACUGCAUCUCCCCUCCUUCCCCAUGGCCGCCUCGCCCUCCCUUUAGGCCCCCGCCUCCUCCCGCUCCUGCCGAACCCCGCCCGGAGCCUUGCCGGGCCCCGGCGCUGGCCGCGGAGGCGCCUCGCGACGGCGAAGGCGCAGGCGGUGCCGCCGUCGCGGAACGGCAGCUCGGCGGGGACGGAUUGGUGCCCCGUGCCCCCGGAGCAGCGGCCCGUGAAUGAUUACGAGGCGCUGGCCGCGUCACUGCCCUUCUCCUGGGCGGCGCGGGACCUGGUGCUAUACUGCUCCCACCUCGCCUUCACGGAGGCCGCCUUCGCGCUCUUCGUCGGCCUCCCCGUCGCGGUCUUCGGCGGCCGCGGGGGCGCCGGCGGCGACACCCUGCACCUCGCGCUCGGGGCCACUGGCUCCGGCAUCCUCGCCGUCACGCUCGCCGUCGUGCGGAUGUACCUCGGCUGGGCCUACAUCGGGAACCGCACGCGCUGGCUGUCGCUGGUGGUGGAGGCGGAGACAGAGGUGAUUGGAUUCUUCCUCGUCGACGGCAACCGCACGCGCUGGCUGUCGCUGGGCGACGCACAAUAG